AUGAUGAAGGCAGCAAAGAGGCAAAGGCAUGAGUGGCAGCUCUUGAAGGUUCGGCUUCGAUUUUCACAUACCGGAGGGAGCUCUCGCGGAGUACGCUUCUACGUGCGCCAUUUGUUGGAAAACUGGCGCAAGGGCAAUCCCCAGGUUGAGCUAGUCACCCAGCAUUCUCAAUUUGAUCAUCCGCAACUAACAGCGGAAUGGCGAUCGGGAGAGUGUCAGACGAUAUGUUUACGAAAUAUGACAGCGAAUCAACUUGAUCAAUUGCUGGAGCUGUGUCGCAAUUCUGAGUCUCCAAAUUUGUUUCUGAAGCAUGGAGGUCCGCGAGUUUGGACUGAGCGUCGGAGUACUCCGGAAACCGAGAUUAACGCCCACGCACGCAUCAAGCAGGCAUGUGUACUAUUGGUGCUUCCCGAGGGGUCACACGUUCGUGACUAGAUAGACAAGCGCCAUCCCUUCCUCGUGGUGGCAGUGCCGCAGAGAUUCGCUGACCAAUGCCUGCGCAGCGCAUGGCCCCUUUUUCCGUCUUUGAGCGCUUGACUGUGAAAUGGCCUACGCAUUCGCCGUCCUUAGUCCAUAUCAAAGAAAUCGCUGCGCUCAGUGCUUAUUGUGGCGCCAGUUGGCUUGAUUUUUCGGGUAUAACGUUUGCGGCCGUGGUUGCUAAAUGCACCUUGCAGGCCUCAAAGCUAAACGGAGGCGCAGCCAGACGAUCUCCGCCACCCGAUUUGUUUCAUCCGUUACGCCGAGGAGUAGUAGAACAAAGCGCGUAUGUUUGGGAUUAUUAUGCUGGCUCGGCGCCAAAAGGUUGCGCGACAAAGCAAUAGAUGCCCUCUCGGCAUAAAUUUAGUGCUGGAACGCACCGCCUAAGUUAGUCGCACGGGCGCAAACGAUUUCGCCGACCUGGUCGCAGAGAAAAGUUGACGCAAAGUUGCGAGCAGGCCUCGUCUUGAUUUUUUCUUAGAGUAGAUAUGCCCCAGCGGCCUCGUUUUUCAAAAGCUCAGCUCCAUGCCUGGAAUUUUUUCCCCAGUUCAGGCGUGGGGCCGGGCGGGUAUCUCUGCAAUGCCCCCGGUCGAUUUCAAAAGAACGCACGGAGAAGUAAUGACAUUGUCGCAGCAGCGAACACAGACAGGCCGACUGUCCGCCACUGCUCCGCAUUGAGAAGGCUCGGGGCAGUCUACGCCGCCUCUCAUCGUGGGGCACAGCUCUGCGCGCCUACUGGUACUGAUGCUCUUUCUUUGUCAUGCACGUACUAGAUAAUGUUAGGGGGCUUGCAACUUUCUUCUGAAAAAAUCCGUUCGAGGUCGUUUAUCUCGGUAUAUCGAGUAUCCAGGGCAUGUGGCAGCCAAGUUAUGAAGGCAUGGCGCAAGCAUUGAAAUGGGCCCACCAGAAAGACCGGCGCGCUGCGCGGCUUACCUACGCGGCUUUUUCUUUAAAUCUGUCCCAGCAGGCGUGGAGAGGAGAAGGGCGCUGGGGGGAAGAAAUGCAGAAUCGCAGAGGCUUCGAUCGGGAUUUGCUGAAAGCCAUCUUUGUCGAUCCUUUUUUGCCGGGUGCGAGACCGCUGGAGCAGCCUGGCCGCUCGAGGCCAGGUGUAUCAGGAAAGCACUUCUGGUGGGGAGGGGGCACGAACAGACCCUCCACAGGCAGAAGUAAAGUUAGUACUGAAAGUAAAGUUAGCAGUUUGCUUACUAUGCGCUAAUGAAAGACGGAGACGGAAGUGAACAAGAGCGAGUGAUCUUCAACAUUGAGGGCAUGGGGGCGCGCCGUGGGAAAAAGCGGCGUGGUCGCAUGGUAACCCACGCUCGAUUCUCAUGUCUGUGCGAUUGGUAGAGAGGACUCUGAAAAGGCAGACGGAGAUCGAAAUACGCUACCGCACAAUCUCUAUGGGUCUGGUACCGAUCCACCAUGAAUAUCGAUGUCCAAAUUGAUGUUGCUUACCAGCAC